ACUCAGGACACUGCGACGUCAAAACAACCUCAGGAGGGGUUAAAGCAAAGAGAACGGAAGUACCCAUGUUUGCGUGGCGCAUGAAAGUAAUCAAAACAAAGACGUGAGCGGCCAUUACACCUGAAGUAUACCAACGACGAACGUUAAGACGUCCUGCAAGUUUUUGUGACAGCACGAUUGCAUUCGUUGUGCAAAAAUGAAGGAUCCUGGCCGCAGCAGCAACACCCCCAACAUAAUCAAUAGUGAUGUCAUCAUUAGUGGACAGUUCCACAAUGAUGAUAACCCGUUUGCUGAAUACAUGUGGAUGGAGAAUGAAGAGGAGUUCAACAGACAGAUUGAGGAAGAGCUUUUGGAGGAGGAGUUCAUUGAGCGCUGUUUUCAGGAGAUGUUGGAGGAAGAGGAGGAAUAUGAGUGGUUUAUUCCAGCAAGAGAUCUGCCUCAGACCAUCAAUCAGCUGCAGGACCAGCUGAAUGGACUGGUCAUUGGCGAUGGGAACAUUAUAAAUGACCUUGUGGUCAACAGCAAUUUGAACCCCAACGCAAAAGAAUUUGUUCCUGGUGUUAAGUACUGAAUCUCAGCAUCUUGGUGGAUGUAGCAUAUCUCCACACUGUGAAGCCAGUAUUAGAAGAUUCAUUGUGGAAGCUUUUUUGUCACUGUGUAACACUUAUUGCAUUGCCAAAGUUUUAAUUAAGUCUUGCAUGCUGAAGUGCUGAGAUUGUUACAAAUGCAUAAAAAGCCUUUUAUUUUCAGAAACCUUAUUGGUGUUUUGAUACCAGUGCUGGAGGCACCAGUCAACAUGGGCAAUACUCAAAACUUUAGGGAACUUUUUUGUUGCUGUUGCCUUAAUGUGAGCUCUUUCUUUAUACACUGGUCAUUUCUCAGUUUCUCUUGAGGUUAAUCUUGUGUGGUUCAUAUUUUAGUUAGUUGCAAUGUUAAUGGCUGCAACUGAUUUAUUCUUACUCUAAGUACAAGACAUUUUGUUUUGGAAUGGGUAGAGGGGAAGUUCGUUUCUCAGCCAUUCCGUCGUUAGUCUCUGUCACCAAAACUGGCAUAUUUACAAAAAUUAAGUUACUUGAAGUUUGUUUUUAAUUUCUGAUAUGUGUAGUAUUUACUAUCAGUUGAACAUUUUAUUUAGAAAUUAUAAUUAAGGAAUGCAGUACAGAACUGGCCAACUUUCAAAUAUGCCUUUUAUUUGUUUUCAUAUGUCAUUAGCCUGUAGAUACAAACAGAGCCAGUUAUCACAUUUUGAAAUAAUCCAGAAGUUGGGGUUACCAUGUUUUUUGCCUGGAUAUUGUAGGCACAUUAGAUGCAGUAAUCAAGACAUUUUUGUUAGCUUGAUAUUGGGGUGCAACUUUUAUCCCUUCUUGUCCAUUGUUUGAGCUUUGUCCUCAUCAGAAACACUAACGUGGUGCAAGUCUGCAGCACAGCACUUUUUUUUUCUUGGCCAAUCUUUUGUUUGUGUUUAUCCUCUCUCUCUGAACAUGGUAUUUGACACUGCCUUGUGUUGAAUGUGAAUAGUGUUAAAAAAACAAAAC